AUGCUUCUUCUCUUCUCCUCCUACGCCACAAACGGCACUCCGACCACUAAAACAAACAGCAUAGUUUGUCAAAACUGUGAAGGGAAUGGUGCUGUAGCAUGUUCUCAAUGCAAAGGAGGUGGUGUGAAUUUGAUUGAUCAUUUUAAUGGGCAGUUUAAAGCUGGUGGGCUCUGUUGGCUUUGCAGAGGUAAAAAGGAGGUCUUGUGUGGGGAUUGCAAUGGAGCUGGUUUCCUUGGUGGUUUCUUGAGCACUUUCGAUGAGUAA